UUUGAUUUUUUUGCUGCCAACCAGCGUCAGAGUACAAUCUCGUCGUCUUCGUCGUUGUCAUUGUUAUCGGCAGCUGUCGCAGCUGAAUCGAAUGUGCAGCGGAAAAUGAGUGCACCGCGUCCCACGAUGAAGACAUUCCAGAAGCGCUUCUGCACUGCUCUGCCCCGCGCUGCAUCCUCGUCGCCGUCCUCGUCGCUGUCCAGAGUGCGCUCAAACUCUGCAUCGUCUGCACGCUCGCUCUACACUGCCAAUGCAGCCUCGGGGCCACUUGCCUUCUUCGAUUCUCCACCCCCGCCCCCGCCCAGCUCUCGGCCGGGCAACCCCCAUGUCCUCUCCACAUCCCGGCUCCCUGUCAAAGCCGAGGGCGAAGGCUCGUCCAGUCAGCACACGCAGAGCUCACCCAACAGCCAUGGACAGACUUCCAGUCAACCGCCCUUCUCGCUCGCGCUCACUUCGCCCCAAGCAAACGCAUCCCCGCCGCACGCCCCCGUAGCGUACCAGACAGCCGCCCUCUUCCCUUACUCCUCCUUUGCACCUGUCCCAUUCUACAACAUCCAUGUCUCGGACCACUCCGAUUCCCGCAAGCAUGUAAAACGCCCUCGCCUGCGUUAUCACCUCGACGUCGGCGCAUACGGCAUCCCUAAGCGAGCCAGCAAGCACGUCACACCCCGCAAAGACGACUACAGCAACAACCCCCUUUUUCAGGGUCGCGGCCCACAGGCAGAAGACCUCAGCCUUGCUGUACAAGUCGGUGAGGACGCUUACUUCGUCCGCGAAAAUGCCAUGGGCGUCGCCGAUGGCGUCGGUGGUUGGUCACGACCGAAAGAUCCGACAGCAUCCAGUCAUACACCAGAAGAACCCACCCCAAGUGCAUUAUUUGCAAGACGGCUCAUGCAUCAUUGCUCAGUAGAAACACUUCAUGCAGAGAAGACAGCUGACUCUCGUCGUCGUACUGUCUCUCCAUCUCGCAGCGUGUCUCCCCGGCGUACUAAUUGCACAGCCUUGAAUGACUCGUGGCCGUGGAGUGCUGACCCAGAUCAACUCAAUGAAGAACUCGAAGAUUCUUUGGAAGACCUUGAGGACGGACUGGAUAUAUUGGUGAUUCUCGAGCGUGCCUACGAGAAUACGCUCAAGGCUCAUGUUGUAACGGAGCCUGCGGAGACGUCUUCCUCUCCGCCACUAGUCGAGGCUGGUACACCUUCACUAGCAACGAUACCUGAGGACGACGACGUCAUCAUCGCAGAGUCCACUGUGCACAAGAAACGUCCAGCGCCGCAACCACCAGAAACUCCCAUGCCCUCUCUUGCGAAGACAGUACCACUGAUGACGGGCUCGUCUACAGCACUCGUUGCGGUUUUGCAGCAUUCCCAGCGCAACUCUCCACAAGACGUCCCUCCACCCAAACCAAUGCUCUUCUCUGCUCCAGUUCCUGCCGCUGCAUGUGAUGCAGUUCUUAAGAUUGCACAUCUAGGUGAUUGUAUGGGUAUGCUUGUGCGCAACGAACAAAUCGCAUGGCGUAGUGAGGAGAUGUGGUGGAAAUUCAAUACCCCCGUACAGCUUGGGCCUCGUUCGUCCGCCCGUCCACGUGACGCCCAGAUUGUGGAACUCCCGGUGCAGGCAGAUGACAUCCUCAUCCUUGCCAGUGACGGACUCAGCGACAACUUGUGGGACUCGGAAGUCCUCGACGAAGUCGUGCGAUUCAAGCGCUCGUUCUUGAAGGACAGCGAGCGCAGCGUAGGUGGACUACUCGGGCGUCGAACUCUGGCUGGUAUGUUGAGUGAAGCAUUGUGUUCGCGGGCGCGCCGUGUUUCAGAGAGGAGGGGAAAGAGUGUCACUGAUGAUGAUGACGGAGAUGUGGAAGAUGAAGUUCCCUUUGCCCGCCGGGCAAGGGAACAGGGCAAGUCUUUCAAAGGUGGAAAAAUAGAUGACAUCUCUGUCCUCGUGGCGGUCAUCUCUGUCCUCGUGGCGGUCAUCUCUCCGGCCCCGGAACCAAUCCGGAGCUCGCUGUGAUUAUCAAGUUGUUCUGAUUCGCAUUCUGAGUGGUGUUUCGCAUCAAUGGUCUGGAGCAGCAGUAGCAUAUGCAUUGUACAACAUUCCCUUGCAUAGUUAUCAUGUAUGUUCAUUGCAGAGGUAUAUUCGAGGAAACCUCUUCUUGGUUCCACCAG